AUGACGGAGGCUGCCAAGCCAAAGUCGACCUCGUCGUCCUCCAGCGGCACCCUUCCCGGCUCGGAGCCUGCGCCCAUCGUUGGAGACAAGUCUUCAUUUGCGCAGACCCAUCCGAACCUUCAGCGGACGAUCUCGCGCGACGUGCCCGUCAACUACUUCUCCCCCGAUGGCGACCUUCAGCGCACGCUGUCCCGCCAGCAGUCGGGCUGGUCGACGCACACGCAGGACCCGAACGCCGACGACUUUGACUACGAGAAGCAUGUGCGCCAUUUGCUGAGGCGCGCCGAGGAGAGCGGGAUCAAGCAGAGGGACUUGGGCGUCACAUUCAAGGACCUUACUGUCACCGGCGAAGGCAGUGGCAUAUUGUACGGCGCCUCGCUGACGGGUCUCGUUCGCGCCAUCCCGGCUCUUCCCAAAACCAUCGCCGCCAUGCGUCACCCCAAGGUCAAGACGAUCCUCGACGGGUUUACGGGGACGCUGCGGCCUGGCGAGAUGACCCUCGUCCUCGGUCGCCCCGGAUCGGGCUGCACGAGUUUCCUCAAGACCAUCGCCAACUACACCGAGUCCUUCCGUGGCGUUGAGGGGACGAUCUCGUACGAUGGCGCGACCCCGCAGGAGAUGAGGAAACACCACGCUGGUGACCUCGCCUACCUGCCAGAGGACGACCACCACCUCCCUCACCUCACAGUUGGCGAGACCCUCUCGUUCGCCGCCGCCGCCCGCACGCCCGCCGCUCCCGCUCGCCUCGGCUCUCGCAACGAGACGAUCGAGCGCAAGCGCGACGUCCUCCUCACCCUCUUCGGACUCAAGCACACCUACAACACCAAAGUGGGCAACGAUGUCGUCCGCGGCGUCUCGGGAGGCGAGCGCAAGCGCGUCUCGAUCGCGGAGCUGCUCACGACGGGCUGCAAGCUCGGCUGCCACGACAACUCGUCGCGCGGUCUUGAUGCCAGUUCGGCACUCGAGUACGUCUCGGCGCUCAAGGUUGCGACCAAGAUCGGCCGCUUGACGUCGGUCCUCUCGCUCUAUCAGGCGGGCGAGCAGCUCUACACGCUCUUCGACCGCGUCGCCGUGCUCUAUGAGGGCCAGCUCAUCUACUUCGGCCCCGCUCACAUGGCCGUCGGCUACUUCAAGGAGAUGGGCUACGAGCCGCAGCCCCGUCAGACCUCGGCCGACUUCCUCGUCGCCGUCACGGACGUCAAAGGUCGAUUCCCUCGCGAAGGUUACGAGUCGAAGGUUCCGAAGACGCCUCUCGAGUUCGUCGACUACUGGAAGAAGAGCAGCCUUUACAAGCAGCUCGUCGAGGAGGUCGACGCCCAGUUUGCGGUGACCGAGUCAGAGGAGGGUCGACGGCACCUCGAGUCGUACCGCCAGAGUGCCGCCGCCGAGCGUGUCAAGCGCCAGAGCAAGAAGUCGCCCUACCUCAUCUCGUACCCUAUGAUGCUCCGCCUCGCCAUGAAACGUCGCUACCGCAUGCAGAUGAAUGAUCUGCCGACACUCGCCAUCGUCUCCAUCGCCGCCCUCUUCCAAGCACUCAUCAUCGGCAGCGUCUACUUCCAGAUGCCAAAGGAUACGAGCGGUUUCUUCUCGAGAGGAGGCGUGACCUUCUUCUCCAUACUCUACAACACGUUCACCGGGAUGGCCGAGAUCACCUCAUCGUACUCGCAACGUCCCGUUGUUGUCCGGCAGCGCAACUUUGCCCAACUGCGCCCGAGCGCCGACGCUUUCGCUCAGACGCUCGUGGACGUACCGUUCAAGUUCGUCACCGUCGUUGUCUUCGACAUCGUCCUGUACUUCAUGGCCGGCCUCGGCUACAGCGCCGACCAAUUCUUCAUCUUCCUCCUUUUCACGUUCCUCACCACCAUGGCCAUGCUCAUCUUUUUCCGCAUGCUCGCCUCGAUCAACCGCGCCGAGCCGAACGCAACGUUGAUGGCCGGUCUUGCGGUGCUCGUCAUUGCGAUCUACGUCGGUUAUGCUAUCCCCCGCCCUUCGAUGCGAGUCUGGUUCCGCUGGCUCAGCUACGCCCAACCCGUCUCGUUCGGCUUUGAAGUCCUUCUCACAAACGAGUUCCGCAAGCUCAACGUCCCUUGCGCGACCCUCGUCCCGGCCGGACCUUCGUACCCGGCAAUCGCCGUGGCCAACCAGGCAUGCGCCGGCACCCAAGGCUCGACACCAGGUAGCGCCAUCGUCAUCGGCUCGCAAUACAUGGAGCAGAACUUCGGCUACAAGUGGUCUCACACAUGGCGCAACUUUGGCUUCAUCUGGGCUUACCUGCUCUUCUUCCUCGCCGUCAACCUGAUCUCGUACGAGUACCAACGUGACGAGUCGGCGGGAGGCGGCAUCCUCCUCUUCCGCCGCGGCAAGGCGCCCAAGGAGCUCGUUGCGGCUAUUGAGGAUCCGGCACGCAAGGGCGACGAGGAGCAGGCGAACCCGAGCGUCGACGCCACGGUCAACGAGGCUGAGAAGGAGAAGGCGGCGGGCACGCUCGAGCGUGCGACCGACGUCUUCACCUGGCGCAAGGUGUGCUACGACGUCAACGUCAAGGGCGGCCAGCGUCGUCUCCUCCGUGACGUCGCGGGUUACGUCGCGCCCGGCAAGAUGACGGCUCUCAUGGGCGAAUCCGGCGCCGGCAAGACGACGCUCCUCAACGUCCUCGCCCAGCGUGUGAGCACCGGUGUCGUCACAGGCGACAUGCUCGUCAAUGGACGGCCCCUACCCGUCUCCUUCCAACGUCAGACGGGAUACGCCAUGCAGCAGGACGUCCACGACCCGACAACGACCGUUCGCGAGGCGCUUCAGUUCUCCGCGCUCCUUCGCCAGCCGCGCACCGUCUCCAAGGCUGAGAAGUUCGCCUACGUCGAAGAGAUCAUCAAGCUGCUCGAGAUGGAGCCGUACGCCGAGGCGCUCGUCGGCGAAGUCGGCAUGGGCUUGAACGUCGAGCAGCGCAAGCGCCUCACCAUCGGUGUCGAGCUCGCCGCCAAGCCGGCGCUGCUCAUCUUCCUAGACGAGCCGACGUCGGGACUCGACGCCAACGCCUCGUGGUCGAUCAUCCUCCUCCUUCGCAAACUCGCCGAGCAUGGCCAGGCCAUCCUCGCGACGAUCCACCAGCCUUCGUCCGAGCUCUUCCAAGCCUUCGACCGCCUCCUGCUGCUCAAGAAGGGCGGACAGACCGUCUACUUCGGCGACAUCGGCAAGAACUCGGAGACGCUCCUCGAGUAUUUCCACGCUCGCGCCGACAAGCGGUGCAAGCCCGAGGACAACCCUGCCGAGUACAUCCUCGACGUCAUUGGCGCCGGUGCGGCAGCCAAGGUCUCGCAGGACUGGGGGCAGCUCUGGCUCGACUCGGACUUGGCGAAGAAGGUCGACCGGGAGAUCGACGAGCUCCACCGCUCGAAGGAGGGCGAGGCUUCCCAGGCAGACGAGUCGCCUGACGCUGGCCGCGACUUUGCUGCGCCCGUCGGCGUCCAGUUCGCGACGGUCCUGCGCCGCAACUUCGCCAACUACAAUCGGGACAGCGUCUACGUGAUGAGCAAGGUCGGCCUGAACGUUAUUGCGGGCCUCUUCAUCGGUUUCUCAUUCUACCGGUCGCCGCACGACCAGUCGGGCUUGCAGAACUUCCUCUUCGCCGUAUUCAUGGCCAUAGUACUCUCCGCCCCGCUCUCCCAGCAGCUCCAGCCGAAGUUCCUUGCCCUCACGCAGCUGUACGAGGCUCGCGAGCGGGCGUCGAAGAUGUACAGCUGGCCCGUCUUCGUCAUCACGGCCAUCUUGGUCGAGAUUCCGUUCAACAUCGUCGCCGGAACCAUCUUCUUCUUGUGCUGGUACUGGACCGUCGGAUUCCCCUCCGCCACGAACAGGGCCGGCUACGCCUACCUCCUCUUUGUCAUCUUCGAGACAUACUUCCCUACGUUCGCCAUUGCCGUGGCGUCCUUCUCCCCGACGCCCAUGGCCGCCUCGGUCCUCUUCUCUUCUCUCUUCAGUUUCGUCAUCAUCUUCAAUGGAGUCGUCCAACCGCCCUCCCAGCUGCCGUCCUUCUGGAACUUCAUGUACCACACGACGCCCUUCACCUACCUCGUCGAAGGCCUUCUUACCAACGCCAUUGGCGGCGCGGCCCUCCACUGCACGCAGCAGCAGUUCCAGCGCAUUGUCCCUCCCGCGGGCCAGCAAUGCGUCGAGUGGCUUCAGCCGUACAUGUCGAUGGCGGGCGGGUACGCCCAGGUGCUGCAGGACGGGUCGUGUGGUAUCUGCGCGUACAGCUCGGGCGACCAGUAUCUCCGCCAGCUCAACAUGAGCUACUCGCACCGCUGGCGCGACGUCGGCCUCCUCUUCCCCUACAUCGGCUUCAACAUCUUUGCCACCUUUGUCGGCUUCUACCUCUUCCGCAUCUUUGACUGGUCGUCGCUCUCGUUUCGCGGCAAGAAGAGCGCGGCCUCGCCCGGUCAGCCGUCGCGCGAGUCGGCUCCCCAGAACGAGCAGGAGAAGGCGGCGACUUACGCCGCCACAGCGGCGGCUGAUGGCUUGGCUGCGGACGGAGUAAGCCACACUCGCGCGGCGUAA